AUGGCAUUGCCCUACCCAUUCAGUGUUGUCUGGCCCAACAUCACCUUCCAGCUACAAAGUCCCAGCAUGUUGUUGCUGCUCCUGUUUGGCUUUUUGCUGCCCUUAGCCCCUUGUGCUGAUGGCCUGGGGGAUCAGGAUCUCUUGGAGCGUGUGACCUGCCAUGAGGAUGGGAUGGAAGUUGAGUUUUCUGGAGAGCUUGGCAACUACUCCUGGCAUGUGCAUGUUGUUGAUGCGAGUGGUGAGGAGAUUGUGUCCUGUGACCCCACUGUCUAUUAUGAGAAGCUGUUGCUUUUUGUCCCAUUUGUCAACUGCACUAGCCUGGAGCAUGGUCAGUACCAGCUAAGAUUGAAGCUGCUGGUGAAUGACACUAUGGGAGAGGAGAAGAACAUAACCUACAGCACCCACUGUGAUAGUGUUCAUGCAGAUGAAAUCGUUACUCCUUUCUUCGCUGGUGCAACAAUCGUUACUCCUUUCUUUGCUGGUGCAACAAACUGUACAAAAGACUUGAUGGCAGUUACUUUCCCAAGACUUAUUCCAAGCUUCAGUGAUGAGCAUGUGGUUCCAGCAACUCCAAUGACCUGGACUCUGUCAAUUGAUGAUGGAACCAGAACACAUCAGCUGAGCCUUGGGCAAGCCAUGCAGCAAGGCUAUAAUCUUCUAGCUGAUGGCCACAACCUGACCCUUCAGGUGGCUUUUACUGCUGCUGGAGUUGUCUCCUACAAGCACAACGAUAAGGUGCUCUAUACUGUAGCACUCAAGCUCAUGUAUGGCCCCCCUGAACAUGGCCUGGCUGUGGAGUCAAGAAUGAUUUGUGCACCAGGUCCAGCAAUCUGUAAUGCAACGCACAUGACUGUUGCCAUCCCAGCCUUCCCGGGGACCCUUACAGCUGUUGGUGUAGAGGAUAAUACCAUUCCAAUGGACCAGCUCCAGAAAAAUGGGAUUAGUCUAGACACAGGGAGAGGGGUCAAGCUACAUAUUAACAGAGGAGUCUUGAAGUCCAGGCGACGUGAGGGGAGCUGCUCAGGACUUCAGUCCUACAUGUCCUCUCUGAAACUGUCUUUUCACUUCCAUGGGGAGACUGUGGCAAUGGUGAUGCACCCAGAGUGCCCCUGUGACCAGCAGGCACCAAUAGCUGCUGUGUGCACCCAGGAUGGGUACAUGGAUUUUGAAAUCCUUGCUGACAGUACUACACCACUGCUAGAUUUGGAUAUGCUUAGGCUCAGAGAUCCUGCGUGCCGGCCAGCCUUCAAGUCUUCUUUGAAUGACAGGGUUUGGUUUCAUGUCCCACUGAAUGGAUGUGGGACCAGGUUUUGGUUUGAUGGAGAGAAGAUUGUUUAUGAGAAUGAGGUGAGGGCAUCAUGGGCAGACUUCCCGCUGCGCAGGAUCUCAAGGGACAGUGAACUUAGGCUAACAGUUCUGUGCUCCUUCAGCAAUGGUGAUGCUUCCCUCACUAUAAGGGCAGAUGACCUUCCUCCUCUGGCUUCUUCAGUGAACCAGGGUCCCCUCUCCUUGGUUCUUCUAAGUUACCCAGAGGACUCAUACAGGCAACCAUACCGUGAUGAUCAAUACCCAAUUGUGAGGUACCUACAGCAGCCCAUCUUCCUGGAAGUUCAGGUCCUGAACCGCAAUGAUCCCAAUCUCCAUCUGGUAUUGGAUGACUGUUGGGCAACGGCUUCACAAAAUCCAAGUUCGCUUCCUCAGUGGAAUAUUGUUGUUGACGGGUGUGCAUAUGACCUGGACAGCUACAGGACAGUGUUCCAUCCUGUGGGGCAUGGUGUCAGCUAUGCCAACUAUCGUCAAAGGCUGGAAGUGAAGACUUUUGCCUUUGUCUCUGGUGACAAAGCCCUCCCUGGCCUAGUGUACUUCCACUGCAGUGUUCUGAUCUGUGACCGUUUUCAACCAGACUCCCCACUGUGUGUGUCAAGAUGCCCUAGGCCAUCUAGAAGCAAGCGAGGGAGUGGGAUGCCAGGUGUAAACACAGCAGUGGUGAGCUUGCAGGGUCCUGUUCUGCUCGUGCCGGAAGGAUGGUCUGCAACCCAAGGGACUGCUUUCUUGAGCAAGGAGGCAUGGACUGUCAUUACAAUGACUGCUGUUGGUAUUCUUUCUGUGGCGGCCACAAUGCUACUAUUUUUGGCUUUUCUUAAAUGCCUAAAGAGAAGAGCAUCCAUGGUAAACAUGGUAUGUUAGUGUAUUGUUUUUUACAAAUAAACUUGGAGUGGAAACGUGACUGUAAAAGUCUCCUGGAUGAGUUGUGUAGCUGUGGAGUUGUUGCUGGGUAACAUUUGAAGUAGUAGACUGGACAAAGAUGACAUGUGGCUCACUGAGCAGUGAUGCUGCUCUCAAUAUUGGUAGUUUCAGUGAGAGCACUGAGCAGAACUAGAACAGAAGCUCUUAAAAGACAAAGCCUCUUGGAUAAGACUCAAGUGACAAUGACAGUUUCCCCUAUCCUGGAUAGUUUCUUCAGCUUCUUAAAUCAUGUUAUAGGAUGACUGACAGGGUAUAAUUAACUCUUAAUACUGUGAGAACUGGCUUCUUAAUACAAGAUCCCAUAGAGUUCUCCUGCCUUUUCCUAGGAUUGUAGAAAAGGAUAUAACUGAAUAAAAACAGUAG